CAUACAGGACCCCUGAAUGACCAUGUAUGAAUCCAGCCUCUUCCCUCAAAGGACCCGGCUCUGGUGGACUACAGUGGUGAGCACGCAGCUGUGCCAAGGAGAGUGGGAAGCAGUGUCAGGGUCAGCCAUUCCAAUCCUGCAUGGCUGGGUGUACCCUCACCUUCCUGGACUGGGGACAAUGCAGGGUAGCCUGCACUGUACCCACUACACUAAGCAGAGCCCAGCACUUACCCUGGGGCCACACACUGCUUUACCACAGAGUAUGUGCUUUGCAGAAGAUAGAGAAGAUGAAGGAAGCACCAGCUCAGCCCAGUGCAGCUAAGUCAUAACCUCAUAACCCUAACACAAACUACAGGAAUUAAAAUUCUCUUCAUCUUCACAAAAAACUCAUUUUAUAGAGGAAGAAACAAGUUCAGAUCACACAGGCAGGAAGUGCCAAGGAAUGACCUCAAAGCAGAGUGCUAGCCCACCUGUUUGCUGGGAGGCUUUGGGUGGGUUCUUCCCCUUCUUCAGGCCCCACCUGGCUAGGAGGGUUUGGAUGAGGAUCUUUGGGCCUGGCCAGCUCUCAUCAGUGACUGGUUCUGACAGCAUAACUAAGGGUUAAUAUCCUUUCCAUUUGGCCACUGUGAGGUUCUAACCAGUCACACUGAAGCAGUCACCAUCAAGGCUGCCAGACUAGAUAGAAGAGCCCAUUUUCCACAGACUCCUGGACAUGAGACCCUAGAGGCUGUGUUGUUCAUUUGGGGUUCACCCACAGAGGGCCUGACCAAACCCUGCCACUGAACUUCUCAUUAUUGAAAAGACCCCAGGCACGUAUACCAGUGUAUGCAGGCAGGCCAGAUGUGCUGCAAGGCCAGGUGUCAUGGAGCAGAACAGCCAUACCCCACCUUCCCUCUUGUCACCAAGAGUGUACAACUUGCUGGUGAAUGGUUUUUGGAGAGCUUAUUAAGUGCUGAGUUGUUUGUGUGCAUUAUCUUAUUUAAACCUUGUGCCAACCAUAUAAGAUAACUACCAUGUUUCCCCCAUGUUAAGGUGCAAGCUGAGAGAAAUGAGGUUACUUUCCUCAAAUCCCAUAUCUAAAAGCAAAUGCAAUGCCUCACAUUGCCUUCUCCCACUAGGGUCUGUCCUUUAGAACCAGGGAGCCAUUCAGACUCAGGACUCUCAUAGUCCAGUCUUGGCAUAGCAUUCACUGUGACAGGAAACAGCCUCCCAGCAGAACAGUGCAAGUGGGGCCCCGGGGUCAGGGGUCAGUCCUUGUGAAGGCCACAGUCCUCAAGAGCUGUUUUCUAGAGCUGUCCAGCUGUAGUACAAGGGAAAAAGCUACCGGGAAGAAGUGGAUUCACUUCAGCUUACAACCAUUGUUUCCCAAGGGAGCUAAAUCUCUUUGAACCCCUGUGAGGGACCUGCCUUCUAAGUCACUGCACAAAGAAAACCGUGUUGUGUCCAUAGUACUCCAAGUCCAGAUAAUUUACAACCAGGGGUCAUCUUCACCAUAAGUAAUAGUCCCUUGAAGCAAUUGUUGCCCAGGGAAUAAAAAUAGAAAGGUAACCAAAGAUUAAGUCUACAGGAAGAAAAGAACUUGUUAAGCUCUAAUCUCUGAGAUCAGACUUGAAUGCUAUUUAAGAAAAAUAAAACCAAAAACCCUUCAGUUUAUGAAACUGUUUCACAAAGCAUUUCUGAUAACCAGAAAUCUCAAAAUCAGUGUGGCUGGCCUUAAGCAGACCCUUUCAGUGCAGAAGAGGCCACUGCAUGCACCCUAGCACUCCAGCCACCUGCAAAGGCAGAGGAAAUGUGGGAAAGUGCAAGUCAGGGACAGGUGCCUCAUGACAGGCAGCUUCACACACACACAUAGCAAUACUGACAGUGGUGAGCAGAUCAGGAGGAAAAACCAAGUAUUUCAGGGUCUGGGGAUGUACCCCAGGAUAUAGCACUUACCUAGCAUGUGCCAGGCCCUGAGUUCCACCCCUAGCACCACCAGAAAUACAAAAAGUAACAGAAGAACCUAGGCUCCACUUAGGGCUGGUCAAGGUAGGACUGGUCAGAGGCAUUUCUGGAACUUUCUGUCUCCUCCCCAUCUUUGGAGCCUCCUUGCUCCUAGCCAGGUGACACAUGUCCUCUCCACUGUUCCAUUGUCCAGAUUGUUAGUCCUAAGCAGGAAUGUCCACAGCAGCCCUCACUGGUAUCUUCAUGAAACUUCAAGAUCUUUCUCAGGGACAGGCACUGGUGGGCCAAAAGGGCACACUGCCCCUGCUGGAUGCCCCAACCCCUCCUUGGGAAGCACCUGAAAAUGACUUGCUCUUACUUUUUUUUUUUUUUUUUGCUCGCUCUUUUGAUCACAGCUAAAAGUGUGAAACUUGAGACAGUCAAAGCACUACCCAUCCACCUUGCUGGCCCUCAGCAUUUUGCAACCUGCUUACCCUACCACUCACCCCAGGUCAUUACAGCUGCUCUCCCACCACAUUGCAUGAGACUUCAGGCCCCAGCCCAGGGAUAGUCACAGCCAAGCAUCAGAGGUAUGUACUUGUGUCCUCAAUACCAAAGCCACUACCGAUAUUCAUGGAGGCCAGCAGUCAUCAGCAAAUGGUAUAGAAAGUGGGCUGGAGUCCUUCAAGUAUCAGACAUAGCCUGUGAGUCACUAGCGCUGGACCCUGUCUACAUGAAUUUGGUGUUAGGCUAUGAGGGUCUUGAGACUAAGGCUGAAAUGACAUAGGUCCCAGGACCCUGAAGGUUGCAUCCACAGUACUCCUCCCCAGAAUCUGCUCUUUAAUAUGCCUGUCCUCUCACAGGUGGCUGAGCUCAUUUCUCUCCCCUGUCCUCUACCUCUUCACUGACUUCCCUGGGCAAUUAGUAUGGACUCUGCUUUGGGAGCUGGAAAGCAGACAUCCUUGAUGUGGAUUCAGCUAUCAUGACCAUGUGAGCCCAGUGGACACUCCAGAUAAUGUGAAAAGAAGCAUUCCACCAUGUAACUGUGUCCUCCAUCUUUGGCCCCCAACUCCCAUUCCAGGAGAGCCUUAAAUUUCAGGCUUUAUUUUGUUUCCUCUGGUGCCAAAGGAGCUUUAUCCAUCAGGUCACAGACAUCCAGUGAGAGGAUCAGAAGGGGCUGCAUGUCCCACAUUUUGCACCACACUGAGCUGCCUGCAAAGUGCCAUAUGGAGCCUAAGAUGCUGUAAACAGCCUGAUUCUCAUGCAAUGCAUUUCUGUAUUAAAAAGUUUAUUUUUUAAAUCUAUUUAGUACUCAAAAUGAAAGACAACUUUUACCCUCAUUUCCAAAAAGAAAGGAACUGAUGCACAUUUCACAUAAGCUGUUAGAGGCUGCAGAGAAAUAGGUGAUGGCCUGGCUUAAAGAGAUUGCCAAUAAGAACAAGAAAACAAUGGCAGUCAGGUCAGCAAGGGACAUCUUGUGCAGAACUGGCAAGGCUGCAAGAUAAGGAGAACAGCUUAGAGUGUGUGUGUGUGUCAUCUACCGUUUUCCCAUGGUCAGCUAUCUCCUCACUACCCAACACAACUUUAGUUAACAUCUCGAAACAGCUCAUUGGCCACUUGUCAUGAGAGCAACUCAUGGAAGACAGAGUCAAGGAAGACUUGAAGGCAGGCAGAGAAGCAUGGAAAGCUCCUGGCUGUCCCUUUGUGACUUAAGCAGCUGUGGAGAGUGGAGGGAGACCUGCCUGCAAGGGCUGGGCAAGCUGAGGGAACCUCAGUGAGGCCUGCUCUCCCCAGAGCCUCACACUGCCACCAUGUGGGCCAGGGCUCUUCCUUGCCCUCACAGUCUCUUCUCAAGCUCCUCACACCCAAGCUUCUGCCUUCAUCCCAAAGGGAAACAAACUCCAGGAACAUCUUCAGCACAGCUGCCCAUGAAGAAGGCAGCCUUCACCGUAGUUCCUCAGUUGAAGUAUCACUGGUGGCCUCCACUCUCAGUCCCCUUAGUCAGGGCUUCCAGAAGCAGUGUGGUAAAGUGUGUGAACUGCAUUUACCAAAGUCCCCACCCCAGAGGAACAAGUUUCUGCAUUCAGAGAGGCUGUGCAUCACCAAGUCUUGGUUCCAGUCAAAGAACAAGGAUGGCCUUGUUCUUCAAAAAGAGAUGGCAGUGCUUAGCCAACUUUCCAGUACUCUUGUAAACUGCAUCCACUGUCUCUGGAGUUGAGAAGAGCCUGGUAUCAGGGGAGCCCUGAACCCCAGCCUGUGCAUUUUAGUCCAUCCUGGGAGCAGCUAGAUCUGGUCAGUGUUUGGUGAAGCAUGGUAUUGGUCACCAAAGAAGAAAGUGAAGGCUUUAGGCAGACGUGAAGGAGGGCAGAGAAGCAUGGAGAGCUCCUGGCCAAAAGAAGCAACAACUGCUAGCCUGCAUGGCCACUUGGGGCCUGGAGAAGCAUUGCAGAGGGAAGAUUCAAUGGAUUCUAGAAGCUUCCCAGAGGGAGCGCCAUGGCCACAGUGGGCAGAUAUAUCUGCAUACAGUAUGUGACUAAGCCAGUAGGGGUGAGGGAGGAGAAUCAGUUUGACUUUCCUGACCCCACCUGCCACCUGUGUGGCAGGCCAUAAAGGGAAAGCAUUAUUGACCCUCAUGAGAUCACAGAGGCAGCUGUGCAGGCCCCACCCACUUCCUAGGACCCUGGUUCUUGCUGCCUCCAGGCCAAGCUCCAAGAACUCUGAGGGCAGCUGGCUAGGGGCCAGGGGGCUCUGACAGCUCAGGGAUACCUCCCAUGCUCCCCCAGAAGCCAACAGGACAUGAAGGUCUUAGGCCUCCUCUUGCCUUUUGUCCUGAAUGCCCCCUCCCCAACCAUGGUGGCUCCCAGGCCCUCAAGGAUCCUACCUGAAAAGAUGCAGGCUGGUGGUACCUACUGCACAACCUGGAGGCCGGGGGUGUGGGGCCCCAGGUGGGUGGCAGGUCCCUUCCUGCUGGCCCUCUGCCAUCCUUCUCUCAGAAGCUGCCCAACCUCUGUCAGUCUGUGAGUCUCCCAGGAGCCUCAGCACCAUUGGAUCCCUUGGAAGACCCUGGGCUCUGGGAGGAGCCACCAGCAGUGAGGAAUCUUAAAAUCUCUUCUGAGGAAGACUUCCAUGGUCACCAGAAAGGGAUCAGCACAAGCACAAUUUCAGGAGCCCCCUAUGGAGACCCAGGACAAGCAGCCUCCACCAGAGCUCCCCUCAGGAGUCUCUCCACUUGAGGACUUGGAUCUCAAAGUGGUCCGACACACACUAUAUGUAGGCCAUCUGAACCCCCAGUUCUCAGUGCCUGUGCUUGCCUGCCUGCUGCGAGACAUCCUGGAGCAGCCGGAGCUGCCAGUGGCUUGAGAGCACAUCCAGGUGGUGAGGCAUCCGAGGAACACCUAUGCACUGGUUCGAGUGGCUUCCCACAAGGCCGCCCUGGCCUCCCUCCACUGGCGCCUGCGGAUGGCCUUGGAGGAGCAGCUGAUCCUUAAAGAGCUGACGGCUCGUGGGAAGGAGCUGGUGUUGAAUGAGGGGUGGGGGCCAGCACAGAACCGCAGAGAGCAGGAGGAGGACAGUGGCCCAAGCCUGGGCCCCAGCCCUAGUCACAGCCCAGGCUCCAGUGUGCCACUGCCAGCUCAGCCUGCAAAUUCUUCAACUAAUCGGCCCUGGGCCUGGCGGUGGCAGAUUUCCCAAAGCCAGCCCAGGGGCGUGUGCUCAGACAGCGCCAUUGUGCACCAGGAGAUCCUGGGCCAGGAGCAGCUCUUCCAGGGAGCUUUCCUGGGCAGUGAGACAAGGAACACGGAGUUCAAGCGGGGCAGCGGGGAGUACCUGAAUAUGGCCUUCAAACACCAUGUGCAGCGCUAUGUGUGCGCCUUCCUCAACAGUGAAGGUGGCAGCCUGCUCGUGGGCGUCAAGGACAGUGGCCUGGUGCAGGGCAUCUGCUGCAGCCACCAUGACAAAGACCGUGCACAUCUACUGGUGGAUUCUAUCCUACAGGGUUUCAAGCCUCAGGUCUUUCCUGACGCCCACACUCUCACCUUCAUCCCCAUCAUUAGUACCUCCACCACCAGCGUGCCCCUCAAGGUCCUCCGCCUGACUGUCCACACCCCUAAGGCCCAGAGCGAGCCGCAGCUGUAUGACAGUGACCAGGGAGAGGUGUUCCUGCGGCGCGAAGGGAGCAUCCAGGGCCCACUGUCCGUCAGUGCAAUCCAAGAGUGGUGCAGACAGAAGUGGACAGCAGAACUGGGCAAGCUGGAAGAGAAGGUGAAGGUGCUGACACAGGAAAAGGAGAAGCUUCAGCAGCAGCUACAGCAGCACCAGCCUAUGUCCUGCACCUGCUGCAUCCUGUGAAGCCCUGCAGCAGGUGGCAGGCAGCACGGAGCCACUCUGCUAGGUGUCGGGGGCAGUUCCAACGGACCAAGUCUGAGCAAUAAAAUACACCUGGACCUCACAGAGGUGGGCAGGAGCUCCAGCGUCCUCUCCUCCACUGCACACACAGCUGCCAUGCAUGUGGCUUCACCCUGAGCAGACCCAGUUGGCAGAGCUAACUGCUCUUGGUACAUCCCCAAAGCACCUCACUUUCAGAACAAACUUGGCCAGUUACCCUACAGCUGAGCUCUAAGGGACUGUCCUUCUCCCUAAAUGCUCCUUUUGCCCAAGCUGGAGUCUAUGACUCCAGUCUGCUGGAUGGCUAGAAAGCAAUCUGUCACCUUGGGAAGACCUCUUGCCACCAGCAAAGUGUAUUUGUUAUUUGUGGUUAUGGGACAAACAGGACACACUGCAGCCCCACCCUGACUUGCUGGAACUUGUAAUUGUCAAAAGCAUCCUAAUAAAUUACA